UGGUGUGGGUAGGAUUGACACCUUCAUUAUCACCAUUUGCACAUUUCUUUCUAAUCUCCUCCACGCCGUGUGGAGAGCAAUAGCAGCCGUGCCGGCUGGUUUGGCAGUGCCAUACGAGGAGCGAAGGCUUACUUUUAGGGAGCUCAUGGAGGAGCUGAGCCCCAGACAACUGGCUGAGAAACAGCUGAAGCAACAGUUUAUGGAGGCCCUGCAGGCCAACAAUGCCCAGGAGGUCAAACGGAUUCUGCACACCAGGAAAUUAGAUAUUGACACUGUGCUGGAGGUGGAGGACCCCAGCAUGGUGCUUGCUUCAUAUAAACAAGGUUACUGGCUCCCGGGCUACAAACUGGAGAAGUCCUGGGCGAUGGGUAUUCAUGUAUGUGUGAUGUACAAUGCUGUGGAAACAGCUCUGGUGCUCAUUCAGGAAGGUGCAGCCAUCAACCGGAAGCCCAACGGGAAGACGCCGCUGCAUGUCGCCUGCGAGGUCUCCAGCAGUGAGUGUGUCGCCUUGCUUUUGGCUCACAGGGCAAAAGUCAACAGCCUGUCACUGAGCGGACACACAGCGCUGCACUACUGCAUCACCAGGGAGUCUGUGGACUGUGCCAAGCAGCUAAUCCUCAAAGGUGCAAACGUCAAUGAGCCCAGCAACAACAAUGAGGAGGUGACACCUUUACACACAGCAGCCAGAUUCGGUGUCCCAGAGCUGGUAGCUCUCUACUUGGCCCACGGAGCAUCUGUCAAUGCAGUCAACUCUCUCCAGGAGACUGCCCUGAUGACUGCGUGCUUCUGGGCUUUUGACGCCAAAGAGCAAACCUACAGCCAAGAUCACCAUCUUGUCUGCCGUCUCUUGCUGGACCACCAUGCAGACCCCAACCUCCGAGAAGAGGACAAUAAAACAGCUCUUCACAAGGCGUCCUGGAACUGCGAUCACGUCCUGAUGCAGAUGCUGCUGGAGGCCGGAGCAGACGCGCGAUCCAUGGACAUCAACGGCUGUGCCCCCAUUCAGUAUCUCCUCAAAGUGACCGGUGUCAGGCCCAUGGCCAUACCUGAGCUCUGCUAUCAGCUGCUGCUCAACUUCAACGCAGCACGGGUCUACCCGCCCCAGUUCCACAAGGUCUUCUUGUGCUGUGUGUCAUGUUGUGUGUUGCUUUGUGCAGGUGUUGCAGACCUGCUGUGACUACCCCAGAGCAGUGGAAGUCAUGGUCAACUCUUAUGAACGUUUAAAGCCCACAAAGAAGUGGAGAGCUGCCAUUCCUGAUGACUGC